CUCUGACGCAAUACAUUGCGGCUUGCGAACGGGUAACAAAACUUUGACUAUUCAGAAACCCGAAUCUGUUCAAUUCUGAACCAUCCUAUUUCCACUUAUCAUAUUUGAACAAUACUAUUGUCUUCAACACAAUGUCGCCAAUCAGCCACUCCCCCAAGCGGCCUCCAAAGGAUGCCGGCAAAGAAAACCGUCAUCGAAACUCCAGUCCCAUGUCCCGCAACGGGCAACACUCUCCGAGGAGAUCGAGCAAGGCAGUCUCUCUGGGGUCACUGGCUGCUGACAGGAAACGAAGGGCAUCAUCGUCCGUUUCUAGCGUGUCAUCAGUCUCAUCCGUAGAUCUCAGCGACGAUGCAAACGAGUCCGAUGCUGAUGAUGAAGAGGACCCACCUGCUGUCCGUGGCCCGUCUUAUGGCCGCCGUGACAAGGCUCAUAAGGCGGGAAUGAGAUCUACCAAAAGGACAAAGAAGAUGAGACUAUCGGACGACGACGGCUACGACGGCCAAAAGAGCAGUGGUGAAAACGAAUCGGAUGAUAGCUCCGAUGAUGUUUACGCUGCGGUUGACUACAUUAGCGACGGAGACGACGAUGAAGAUCAAGAUGUAGAAAAACUAGAAGAACUCCUGAUUGUGGAGUCUGAGGAUGAGCACGAUCUUACUGGCAUCCUGACGGCCUCUGCCGUCACCAAUUCUCACGACUGGGCUGGUCCCAAUGUGUUUGAUGACCACAUGCUGCUCUCAGCCGCCUCGUUCUUCGACGAAGAGCAACUCUAUAAUACCAUGGAAACCUUCGGGGAGACCGACUUGGCGAGUGAAACAGCUGCAGAAACCCCGGUUCCUCGUCGGGUGCAUUUUGAGGAAGACUCGGAUUCGUCCUCCGACAGCGAUUCACAUACAGAGGAUGAAAUCCCAAGUGACUUCCUCCAGCAGGAUAGUCUUGAUCCUCAGCUACGCCGCAUGAUUGAGAAUGACAACGAAACUUACCCCAAACGCCGCCGGCAGUCUGAUGAAAUGUACGCUGAGUCAGACUAUGGUCAUUCAAACAUUUAUCACGUCGAGUCGGAUGCUGUCUCCGAAGGAUCGGAGUCAAGCGGAUACGAGACCGACGAUGGCGAGACUACAGAUGAAGACCUUCCACCACCCGCAACCAUUACCCAUCCUCGAUCUAUCCUCCGUCGCGACUCCUCGGCUUCCCUCCAAGCUACCACCGCGGAUGAGAAGAGUGAUUCAACUUCGCGGCGGCGAGGGCCAAUAAUGGGUACAUUCGUUGCGGAUCCCCACAAGCCUGUCGCACUUGUCGACUGCACUGGCAAGCAUCUGGUGAUCAUUCCUGCAUAUGCCUCCUCUCGCCAUGACUGGCUUGAAUCUGCCACAAAUAGUAUUUGUGGCACAGCUAACAAUAGCCCGCGGGCCACCACAAUGCACCUCGUUGACGAGAGUGAUACGGAUGCGCUGGCAUCGCCGAAUCACGUCGAUUUAAGCCCGAUGUUGGCCUCCAGCGCUAACCUUAUGAUGACUGCCCUUGGAAAUGAGAUUAGUACCGGAGGUCAAGUUAUGGGCCCUCCUGAGGCCUUCUACCCAUCCCGCGAUUUCGCCAUCGACAGUUCAUUUGAGGAUGAUGACGACGAAGAUCCAGAGUCUGCUUUGAACGUCGAUGACUUUAUCGACUUUGGCAACGGCUCGUCUGAUGAUGACAUGGACAAGGAAUUCGACGAUGAUGCACUGGCCUCACCAAUGGCAGCCUCAACCAUGCCAGCUGGCGCCGGCACACCGACCCCUAAUCGCAGUGGGGAAGUACAGACCAACAGUGCUGAGCGUUUCUUGAACCAUCUAGACCGUGGUAUUGUGACGGCUUUCCGUCGUAAUCACAAUAGGUACCAGGCACUACUACGACUUCCACAACAUCGGGAAUUUAUGCCAGCGAACUCGCCAUCUCGACCAGCCAGUGUCUUUAGACAUGCACGGCAUGCAGAUCAACGCACACCCACGCGGAAACGCAAAGCGAACGGUUACAGUGGCGGCGAGGCGGUCCGACGGAAGCUCAUGGAUGCCCAACGUCGUAGUCAACUUCCAUUUUAAGAAUCAACAGGAGGCACAUUAAUGUAGAGCGUGCCCAUUUUACCCUUGCGAUACCCUUCAAUGUUAUGACCACUUACGUCUCGAAUUUACUGGCACGUUGUCACGGAAGAGCUAUCACAUCUUCUUCCUUUUGUUCCCAAACCUUUUGCGAGUCUGCGUUAGCGGCAUAGAUUU